UCGAAAACCUUUAGGGCCCUGGCUAUACAUGGCUCAGCUAUUGGUUAACGGCCUCUGCUUUUGGAUUCUGGCUCAGACAGUCGUUCGCCAAGCUGCAUGCUUUCUCUAAUGCCCUCACUGAAUAUUACUUCUCCAAUCUUGGGUCAAUUUUUUGCAGUAAUUUCCUCUUACUCUUUGUCAGUUUUGGUCGAUCUCAAUUCCAUAUCACGCAGGCAACCUGUUUGAUAAAUUUCUUCAGAAAUUAUGUAUUUGUUGUUUCGACCAAAAUGGCACCGCUUUUUGACGCAAAUUAUCAAUACCCAGAAACACAAAAAUCUUUUAUGCUCUCUAUUUUCAUCAACAACAACACCACCGCGCUUGGAGGAGCUUUGUAAAGUUGUUUCGAGCACAAUUGGUGGCUUGGAUGACCUGGAGUCGAGUUUAAACGGGUUUAAACUUUCUUUAUCAUCGACACUUGUUACUCAAAUUAUAAAUUCUUGCGAAUAUGAAGCUCCUACUAGAAGGUUAUUGAGAUUUUUCUUGUGGUCGGUUAAGAAUUUGAGUUCUGCUUUGGAAGAUAAGGACUUUAACUAUGCAGUUCGAAUAUUUGCGAAAAAGAAGGAUCAUAAGGCAAUGGAGAUUUUGAUUUCGGAACUUAGGAAUGGGGGGCGGGUAAUGGAGAGUCAGACUUUUAGUGUUGUAGCUGAGAUGCUGGUUAAAUUAGGGAAACAAGAUGAGGCAUUGGGUAUUUUUAAGAACUUGGAAAAUUUCAAGUGCCCGCAGGAUAAUUUCAGUGUGACUGCUAUUGUAAAUGCUUUAUGUGCUAAAGGGCAUGCUAGGAAAGCUGAAGGUGUAGUUUAUCAUCACAAAGAUAAGAUUGCUGGUGUUGAGCCUUGUAUAUAUAGGAGUCUUCUUUAUGGGUGGUCUGUACAGGAGAAUGUGAAGGAAGCGCGCAGAGUUAUCAAGGAGAUGAAGUCGGCUGGUGUUCAGCUUGAUUUGUACUGCUAUAAUACAUUUCUUAGGUGCCUUUGUGGGAAAAAUGUUAAACGUAAUCCUUCUGGCCUUGUUCCUGAGGCUCUGAAUGUGAUGAUGGAAAUGAGGUCCUAUAGAAUUGCCCCAACAUCAAUCAGUUAUAAUAUAGUGCUGUCUUGUUUGGGGAGGACAAGAAGAGUGAAGGAAUCAUGUCGGAUUCUGGAGUUGAUGAAAAAGUCUGGUUGUGCUCCUGACUGGAUCACCUAUUAUCUUGUUGCUAGAGUAUUGUACUUGACUGGAAGAUUUGGCAAGGGUAACAUGAUAGUGGAUGAGAUGAUAGAAUUGGGGCUGACCCCAGAUCAUAAGUUCUACUAUGAUCUGAUUGGUGUCCUUUGUGGAGUUGAGAGAGUGAAUUUUGCUCUCGAGCUGUUUGAGCGGAUGAAGAGAAGUUCACUGGGUAGGUAUGGGCCAGUUUAUGAUGUGCUCAUACCAAAACUUUGCAGGGGAGGGGACUUUGAAAAGGGUCGAGAGCUAUGGGAUGAGGCUGUGGCUACGGGUGUUGGUCUUUCCUGCUCAAGUGAUGUCUUAGACAGCUCAAUCACUGAAGUUUUCAAGCCAACAAGAAAGGUGGAGGAAGGGAAUCUCAAGGGCUGUACCAUGUUUAAGAAUCCAGUAAAUAUUAAUCAGAAAACUACGAAGGGAAAGAAGGAUAGGAAAAGAAUGAAGAAAAAGAAGAAAUUUUCUUCCAAAUAAAUGGUAAAUGGAAAUAUCUUCCCUUUUGCAGCUCCCUAACACCAGUUGUUUCUAAAGGGUGCCUUACUCUUGUAACUAACUUCAUUGAUUAGUAAUCAGAAGAAUGCUACUCUUUUUAAACAAAUGAUUGGUUUAUUUCUUUACUCAAUAUUAAAGAUUUUAUUCUUGGAACAAAAUGUGUUUGCUUUUGAUAAUCUGGCAUCUUUAAGCUGCUUGUUUAUCUGAUUGGAGUUUGUGUGUCUAUCCAUGUCCUUGACAAAAUCCUAUUCUAUGAUAAUGUGCUUGCUUUUCAACCUGGUCCAUCAACCUUAAAAAAUGUGUUUGAUGAUUAGAUGAGUCCCCAGUUGAAAGUCAUAAAGAUCCUUCCUGAUCCUGUUGAGCAGAGUGCUAAGACCUAACAGAAAUCUUUGGGGAGUUUUAAUUAAUAAGGGAGGGGCCAAGUGACCAAUUGAGCAUGAGUGAGAGCUGAAGCUAAAGUGAGCAAGCAUCAUUUUGCACAUGACACAUGGAACUGGUUUUAGGGCAGCGGUUGAGGUGCUCCCAAGCCUCAGCCUCAGCCAUCAUCACUCACGUGGCCUGUCCAUGUAAUGCAACAGUGAAUCUUUCUGGGACGUGCAAUCCAGGCUCCUUUACUAGCGUUGGCUGUUGGUGGGAAUAAAAUAGAAGGAAGAGCUGUUUUUGCACGACCUUCUCUUUUUGGUCUU